AUGUUUAUAUUAAUCUACCUGUUAUGUCUUAAAACGCAACUACUAGCUUACAUCAAAUGUCCUAGACGUACAUCAUUUGCUCGUGUAAAUGGCGUGAACAAACCCAUGAACACUGGUCUACAAAUUAUUGACAAGCAAUUACCAAUAUACCCAUACAUUGAUACUCCUAUUAACCUAUUUUUUGGUCACAACCGAGUGACCGAAUCCAAUGAUUCCAACGUAUUUGUGCAAUUGGACCAAGCCGAGAAACUUGGCAAUGGAGUCACUACCAGAUAUAACGAUGGCCUAUCAUGGGUAAUUGAUUCUAUAAAAGAUGAGAAUAGACCGGGUUACGAAUUUAAGCCGCCAUACACAGACAAUGAAGUUGAGUCAGGGACUCAACAAAUGAUUAACUAUUACCAGAAGUUUGAUCAGCUAGUAUUGGAUGAAAAAAAUGAAUAUUUACAACAAAUUCGAAUGGAUCUAGCUGAGUAUGAUGCUGUAUGCCCUGGACUGGGCAAAUGGCCCAAACAUAAGGAUAUAAUUGAUUCUGGACUUGAUAUUAGCACUACUCUAUUCCCUGUGUUCAAACCUGUUACAGGUCUAACAUCUAUACCCCCAGUUCCACCAUAUAGAAAAGAGGUUAAAACUGUGGGCGAGGCAAUGCUAGAGCAAAAAAAAUGGCUAGAGAGGAGCAAAUUAGCACUAAACGAAUGGAAUUUGGAUUGGGAAGAAAUGGCCGGAUUGCCCGAACGAGUUAGAGAUCAUUACUACAGAGAGAGAUUUGAUUUAAUAAAAAAAAAUCCAACUUUGGUAUUUGAAUUGGCUCUAAAAAUGAAACGAGCGACUGCUAAUAGCGAGGAAGUUAUUAAUUGUCACCCGCUGGAAUUUAGAUACAUGGAAGAUUCGUACACAUAUACUAAACCAGACGCUCCUGUUACUAAUGAUUUAUAUAAGUGGCAUGAUUCAUUGGAUUCGACUUGGCGAUUGAGAGUUGAGGAAAUGAUUAGAGAUGUUGUUUCCUUUGAUUGGCCUCCGACAGAUCUACGCGUACAUUCAGGUUUAGUAUUACAUGACAUUACAUGGAUUCCAGGCGUGAUAAAAGUAUUUGUGAAAAGGGCUAGUAAAGAUGAAUUUGUUGCACCAGAAGUUCUUGGGGAAGUGAAUAAGGAAGAGCUGGGAUUGUUGUAUUCCAAAAUAGAUAUGAUGCUUAAACUGAUGGAUCUUGAAGAAGAACUGGGUGUGUAUGAUAAUCACAAAAUUGAAAUUUAUAACUCUCUGCCAGAUGAAUACCCUGAGUCCAGGAGAGAUUGGAACCAAAAGAUAGGGUUGCCAGUAACUGUGACGUUAAAGGGCAUAGAGAUUAAGAGUAUCCAAGGAAAAUUGGCAGGAUCAGAUUCUGUAUUUGGUUUAAAACUAGAAAUUAGUGGCAAAAUUGUCAUAAUACCCACUCACUUUAUAGAAAGUGUACAGACAUAUUACAGUGACAAUAAUUGA